UGGCCGCGGGCGGAAGCGGCGCCCCCGGGCCCGCGGGUUCGCGUCCGCCCGCGCCCGGCGGGGCCGUGAGGGGCUGAGGGGCCGGGGGGUGUGAGGGGCAGGGAGCGGCCGGGAGGGACAUGGGUCCGCCGCGGCGGUGAGCCGCGCCGCCCGCCAUGAGCUGCACCAUCGACAAGAUCCUGACGGACGCGCGCACGCUGCUGGAGCGGCUGAAGGAGCACGACACGGCGGCCGAGUCGCUCAUCGACCAGUCGGCCGUGCUGCACCGCCGCGUGGCCGCCAUGCGGGAGGCGGGCGCGGGCUGCGCCGACCAGGGCCCGGGAGGCGUCGCGGCGGAGCGGCCCGACCCGUCCCGGCUGCGGCCGCACGUGGUGCUGGCGCAGGAGAACACGCAGAUCCGCGACCUGCAGCAGGAGAACAGGGAGCUGUGGGUCUCACUGGAGGAGCACCAAGAUGCGCUGGAGCUCAUCAUGAGCAAGUACAGGAAGCAGAUGUUGCAGCUUUUGGAAGGGAGAAAACGUGAAGAUGCAGAACCGGUCUUGAAAGUCCAUCAGGCGAAUUCUGUGGAAAUUGAAAAUCAAAUAGACAGAAUAUGUGAGAUGGGAGAGGUGAUGAGAAAAGCUGUUCAAGUGGAUGAUGAUCAGUUCUUUAAAGUUCAGGAGAAACUGGCUCAGCUGGAGCUUGAAAACAAAGAGCUGCGUGAACUGUUGUCAAUCAGCAAAGAAUCUUUCGAGGUGGAGAGAGAAGAUCUCCCGGACUGUGAAGCUUAGGCCACAAAAAACCUCACCUCCAAACCUCCAGAGACUAUUAUGAAACUGCCUGACAAGGAUUUGUUCUUUCAGGUUGUUUCCUUGUAUAUUUGUUUUAUCUUUCAAGUGUGUGGGCUGUUUUUCUCUGCGCUUUCCUGGAAUGUUGAUGGCAGAGGCUUGUUGCUCUGUCUUAGGAUGCUUAACACUGAAGUAUUUGAUGUGUCCUCCCUUGUGAUCGUUCAUUUCCUCUCCCUUUGUCAUUUUUUUAUGAGCUUUAGGUAAUUUAAUUCCAGCUGUGCAGUUGGCUUUUAGAUCCACCUCGUCUGUAGCUCGAGAACAUAAUGCAGGUUGUGAUUAUUGUACUUGAUAGAGGGAAUAAGAGAUUAUCCAAAAGCCACAUUGUAAAUGGCAGGGGCCUGCUUUGCUCUGGCUGCACGGAGCAGUUUUGCUUUGCAGAGUGACCCCUCAGGGUUUGGAUGGGUUGACUUUGCUACCUGGACUGACUUUGUUACCUGGGUUGACUCUGUUACCUGGACACUUAGGAGCAGGUGAGAGAACAGCAGGUGCCAGAAGGGCACUUGAAGCAGUCACUCCUAUUCAGAGCAAACUUUACCUUGUUUUAGGGGUGAAAAUCAGUGGACAACCUUUCCUGACACAAACCUGGGCGUUUUUGAAGGACUCUGCAUAUUUGACUGUUCUUUUUUUCAGUGGAUAGACCUGUCCCAGCCUUACCAGUGCUCCCAGGGGUGUGGGUGCUGGCCAGCCCUGGUCUGUUGGUGUGCUCAGACCCUGCCCAGAGCUCAGCACCUUCAGACCAAAGCUCUUUGUCCUCCCACCACUUUGGACUCAGGAAGAGCGAGCUCAGGUCUGCCUCAAAAAUAACCAAAACCAACCACACACACACAGAUUUUUAAUGUCACUUCACAGGUGAGUGUAGUGACAGGUGUUCCAUAGUUACUGCAUUGACUGAAAUUAGAGUUGCAGCGUUGUAGGAAUUUAUCAACAUGGUGAUAUUUUUAUUGACACUUUUAUAUAAAGAUCUGUCUGACCUGUGAUCAAAGAAAAAUCCCCCAAGAACCAUAAACAUCUAAUUUCCAGUAUUAGUUUAAAUUUUUAUGCCACUUUUUCCCAAGUGAGACUUUUGAUAGAUGCAGAAGGCGACUUGUUCCUGUGCUUAUUAAGAGACAUUUCCUUGUGAACAUCUGGAAUAUCCAGCAAGACUGGUAGAUAUAAGGGAUUUCUGUACAGGAGUGUUCUUGCAUACAAUCCUUUUCUAUUAGGAAUUGUUUAGGAGGGAAUAAAAAAACUCAGUGAGAAGUAA